AUGACCGUGACGCUCGAGGAUGUCUCGUUGAUCACCGGUCUUGCUAUCGACGGGAUGUCACUCUGUAUGAGCACCGAUUCUGAUGGGUGGCGCGAGCAGAUGAUUGCUCUUAUCGGUAUGGCUCCUACCGAGGCUGAGGCUGAUCAAUGGAGCUGGGGUUCAGCGACUCUUGCCUACUUGUACCGACAGCUGGACGAUGCGUGUUGCAGGAUCACAGAUAGUGCAGGCAUUGGUGGUAAUAUGCUUCUACUUUCUGUAUGGAGCUGGGAGCGUCUGCCUGUUGGACGCCCGAAGAGCGUCAGGUUUAAUCCUUGGUAUGAAGAUGAAGAUGACGAAUUACGGCGCCCCACUUGGGCUUACAAGUGGGAUGUGGUUUCCGAGAUGACGAACGAUGUCAAUCUCAUGUACCAGAAGUACGUUGCCGAGUUGGACACGAUUACGCCUGAGCAGGUGGAAUGGCAGCCAUAUGGCGCCGAUGACAGACUUGGGUACACCCCGGAGUUUACCAUCAACCCGAUGUGCUUGCGGGAUAGGGAUCUCUGGCGUAUGCGGUGCCCACUGAUAUGCAACUGGGCUGUUGAGUUUCAUUUGCCAGAUCGCGUGUCUUGUCAGUUUGGUCUGUUCCAGCCUCACCCGCCGGAAUGGGUGGAUACGGACAAAGCACUUCAUAGGUUGGACAGGAGAAGGCAGCGGAAGAUAAAGGACUGGGACAAGCAUCAUGCUUCGUAUGUUACCCGCUUCCAGCUUUGUGUGGAGGAAGCUCGUAGCAGUGCACGCGCCAAGCUUCGUGAGCAUAGUCCACUUGCUUUUGAUAACUACAUACGAUGGCUUCUUGAAAAUACUCGAGUUGAGAUAGGCCCGCCGGCAUAUAAUGAGGAUAUUCUUGAAGAACCCAUAAACUUUGAGGAUCUAUCAAAGGGGAAGUACAACAGAGAUGUCAGGGUAGGGCACGGAGUCCCUGCUGUUCCGGUGAUUAACUAUGUGGUAAAGUGUUUCUUCUUUACUUUCCCGUUGGCCGUAUUACACAUGUUUGAAUGGCUAACGUGUUCAUUCUUUCUCAUCCGCAGUGCACCGAGAUCAAGAAAGCAGCUGAUGAGAGCCAGUCUAUUCUGGAGGAAACACCGGUUGGAAAAGGCAAUGAUGAUGGUCCACUACGAGCAUUCCUCAAGCGUCAGGCCAGGAAGUUAAGGCAGUUAUCGAAUCUUCUCGGUUGCCGUGAUCCCGAAAUUGAUGAACCAUCUGCCUCUAGGUCUGGUACACCAUCAGACCCCUCAUCUCACCAUCAGAGGGACGAUGUGAGUUCCUCAUAUGCUUAUCAGGAUGAUGAGGGUGCGGUCACCCAAGAGGGCGAUGAGCUUGAUGAUGACAUGACUUUGGCGGACGCUCAACUUCGGUCCCCAUA